AUAAGCCAGCCGUCUGUCUUAAGUCAGCAGCACACGAUGCUUUUUUUCCUGCUGGUUUGCUAGCUGAAUUUGCUUGCUGAGCUCUUGUCUUUGAUUAGUAUAUUCUUUUAGAUUUAAAAAAAAUAUAGAAACAGAAGGACAGAACAUUACUCUUUCGCUCUAUCAACUCAGAUCUCAAUUUUAAUCAGAGCCUAUCCAAUGCUAUAAAAUUUAUGAAUGGAAAGCACCCGAAGAGAACCAAUCAUAGAACUGGACAAAUAAUGGUGGGCGGCGAAUCAACAGCGUCGGAGCAGGUGAUAGUGGCGUCGCCCGGCGGGCGGAAACGGAGUAACGGCGAGCGAUCACUGCGCGCGUGUACAGAGCGCAUAGAGUGUGUGCGAUCGUAUGCGUGUGUCGUCGCUCGACGGAUGGACGAGCGGACGUGUUGAACGUGUUGCGGAAAGUGGCUGCGGAGUGGAGAGAGUGCGCGGAGAAUUUCUCGGUGACGUUAUCGCGCGACACCGCGUACAUCGCGUAUGCACGUACUACGUACGGCGGAUCCGCGCGUGUUCAAGUGAAUGGGGAGGACGAGGACGGCGCAGGCAGAGGCACACAGGUACGGAACACCGCCGUUGUCCCUCCCAUGGAAUUAGAUUACCGCCGUGUAUGACGGACCGGACAGAGGUCCGGAUUGAUGUUGCGAGACAGUGAGAGAUAUACGCGGCAAGUGCGCGCCGUGGCCGCGACGAGAGUAGUGUCCCGCGAGUUCGCUCAUACGCCUAAUUGACGACUCCCGACACCCUCGCGUGCGUGCGCGCGCGCGCGCGCGUCACGGCGUCUGGAUCUCGGAUCUUCCGUGCUUUUUCUCUCUCUCCCCUCCCCUUUCUUCUUGUCCGUCCGUCCAUCUAUCUGUCUCUCCCUUUCUCUAAAUCGUUUUUCAUGCGUGUGCGGUCGCGUCUGUCUCUCUGAUGUCUCCCGAUGCUGCACGGAGGCAGUAGUAGCGGGCUGCGACGACGACGACAACGACUACGACUACGACACUACUAUCGCAGAGCCUAUCGCCGUCAUCGUCGUGUUGUGUCAACGUAACCCACGGCAGCGACAGCAACACCACCGCCACCACUAACACUGCCAUCACCAGCACCACUCUACCGACGCCUCUUCAGUAAUUAAACCAAACAAAAUGGACACCGAGAUAACGAUUGAGCGAACAUUCGUGUGGUAGUCCUCCUCCCACCCCCUGUGGUCCUUCCUUCUAUCUCACUCUCCGUCUCCGUCCGUCCCUUGUCGUCCGCUUUUUCCCCACCUCGACGUCUACCUGAGUUUCUUUUUGUUUUCUAUAGAUGGACUUUGGAAAAAAGAGAUGGGAUCGCCGUUUGUACAAUUACAGCAAGAGCUUGGGUUUACCAUGGGCACGUUACUGGCUAUAAAAGAGAUCGUACAAUAUUCUCCUAAGUCUGAAAUGGGGACGAAGAGUCCUUCAGCGUAGACAUGGACUACGAUCUGUUUGGUGAAGAUGUCAGUGGCUCGAUGCUCGAGGCUCUUCCUGAUCUCGGAGGGAACGAUCACUUCGAUCCUGCGUCUGCGAAUAAUUCCGUAGCGGUGUCCAGAGACGGUCUGAAUUCUGGCCCUAAUGGAGGAGGGAGUUACAUUAAUCAAUCCUAUAACAUUUCUCAAGAAUCUCCAAUACAAAAAUUAACCUCAUUCGGCGGAUCUGAAUUUGGUGGCUCGAAUCAAUUGCAAAAUCCGUCGCAGCGCAGCAUGUUCAACCAAAAUCUCGGUACGUUCGAUAAUAGCGCUACACCUCAGCGUGCUAUGGUGCCGGGCGCGUUUCAAAAUCAGGCUCGCAAUAUCGCGCCGCAACAGCACAGGGGGCCUCAUCCGGGUAGCGGUGGUCAGUAUCCUAGCUACAAUGACAAUAUGUAUUCUAUGGAGCAGCAACACUCGAUGGCUAGAGCCAACAUUAGUAUGGAUCCUAGCCAGCAAGGUUGGCCAGGUAACGGAAGUGGUUACCCACAGAUGCAGAGGCAUUACAAUCAGAUGGCUCCACAGCCUGCCGCGUACAGGCAACACAUGCCGCCACAGUAUUCUCAUCAGCAGGACCAAGCUGGUGUUAUCAAUCAAAAGAUGCAACAACAACAGCAACAACAGCAGCAUUUUGGUCAACAAGGGAUGAUAGGCAAUAUGGGAGUUCUUCAUCAGUCGAUGCAGCCCGGCGCGACUGGCGGUGUUUAUCAGCAUAUGGUUGGACAACAGCAACAUUAUCAGCAGGGCAAUUCGGUAGCGGCGAUGUAUCAGGCAUCUCCCGGCUAUCCCAAUUUUGCUUCAGCGAUUCAUCAGCAACAACAGGCUCAGCAACCGCCUCAGGCGAGAAUGCCGCAUCAUCAUCCGGCUCAUCCGACUCAUCAACCGCAUCCAUCUCAUCCUCAACAGUAUCCUCAGCACACUCCACAGCAUCCGAACGCGCAGCAACAACCGACCAUGGAUCCUCAGUAUCCUCAUCACGCCACGUCAAUGUUCAAUCAGCCACAACAUUCGGCGCCGGCGCCACAGCAGCAAUUCGGUACCGCACCGACGGCUAAGCAUUCGACAAGUCCUCAGUAUCGCGCUGCGUUUCCACAAUUAUCACCACAAAUGUCACCGCGGCCGCAAAUGUCUCCGCGUCCGCCAGCGGUGCAGCAACAGAUGUCACCUCGGCCCAUCAUGUCGCCCGCUAAACCCACCACGCUAUCGCCUCAUCCUCAUGUUCAGCUUCCUCAUCAGCAGGGCAAUCAGGCUAACACGAUGUCGGUGUCACCCUCAUGUCCACCGACGUCCCUGCAGAUGAAUCCGUCAUCGCAGCAACAGCAGACUACCCUACAGGCUCUCGAGCAGAUGGUGAUGCCAGGAGUCACCGUGUCGAGCUCCAGCGUCCCGACUCCGGAUCAGUACAAUCAGUUCCAAGCACGUCCGCCAAUGUCGCAGACACCGAAUGUUCUGCCGCAACAAUCGACGACGCAGAGUCCGAUGCCGGGUCAAGUUACGGGGCCCAGAAUGCCGAUGCCCGCUCAAUGGCAAUCACAUCCGCAGCAACCACAGCCGCAACCGCAACAGCAGCAGAUCAGGCCGAGUAUUGGUGUCAGUGAGGAACGAGGUGGCGUAGUGGAGCAGCCUCAGCAAGCGCCGAUAGUAUCCGAACAGAAUACUCCGAUGUUCCCCGUCGUUGGACCGGAGACUUCUGUUCAUAAUGUUGUGGAAACAGCAACAACGACGAGCACAACGACAACGAGAGAACCGACGACAACAGAGAAUGUCGUGCAGAACCCGAUUGAAACCCCGAAGCAAUCAGAACCUGAAUCUUCUUUGCAUCAGAGUGUCCAGCAGAAUCAACAACCAGACGCAACCACGCAACUUGGUCCAUCACAAGUGGACACCUCGGCACAAAAUAAUUCACAGAACAGCCUGCCCUUGGAUCAUACAUCUACUACGGGAAAUAUGACUACACCGGCGAGUAUACCUCCAGUUGAAACGGUGCAAUCUCUUCCAGCGUCUAGUACAAGCGGUAAUAUGGAAUGCACAAAUGUAACUACGUCAUUACAACAACAACAACAACAACAACAGCCGCCACAGCAGCAGCAAACGGUCGCUGCGCCGAUGCAAAAUACUGUUCCUGCCAUUGAGAACGCGAAUGUAUGCGAGACGAAACCACAAGACCAAAGUAUGGAGGUGCAUCAAUCAUCAUUGAGCAGUACGACACAUCCGCAACAAACUAUAGGACAGCAACCACAACAUGCUCAACAACAACCUAUCAGUUGUCCCUCGCAGCAGCCGAUACAGCAGUCGAUGCAGCAGCCGGUGCAGCAAUCAGUGCAACAGCUUCAUAUAACUCAACCGCAGUUAGUUCAAUCGCAGGCGACGAUACCGCCGCCUCAACCGCAAUUACAAUCGCCGCAACAAUCUCAAAUUAGUCAAUCACAACCUGCUCAAAUAAACCAGCAAUUACAAUCGCAGCAACAAAUACCUCAGCCGCAACCACAACCACAACAACAGCUGCAACAAAUCGCACCCGCUCAACAAUCGCAAAUUCCUCAAUCUCAACAACCCGUAUUGAGUCAAACACAGCCGGUACAAUCUCAACAAAUUCCAUCAACGCCUCAGUCUCAAUUGGGACAAUCGCAGCCACAGUUGGGACAAGCGCAGCCUCAAUUGGGACAACCGCAAGCCCAACUGACACAGUCGACGCCACCACAGUUGGCGCAGCCGGCGGCUCAGCAGGGUCCGACUUGCGUUACGCAGCAAGCACAAUCGACAACGACAACGACGACAACGCCACCGCAAACACAGCCAUCUCAUAUGCAAUCUCAGCAGGUUGGUAUGAUACCGCAGGGUACCGCGCUGAUACCACCUCAGAUACCGCCGCAGAUGCAAACACAACCGAUUCAAACUCCGACGUCUCAGAUACCAAAUCAAAACACUCAGGUGCCAACCGGGCAUUUAAACGCACAGCAAAUACCCGCGGUCAGUCAGACCACUGGUAUGGUAUUGCCAUCGCAUCAAGCUACGGUUCCCGUGCCAAAUACACAAACAUCGCAUCAGUAUCAUCCCGGAGGCGACAUAAUUACCGGUAAUACAAUGAAUAUGUACGGCAUGCAAACCAAUUCUACACCAACCGCGGUUGCAACUGGUGGUUUUGGCACGUCUUGUGCACCACUCACGCAUCAUCAAGAACGUGCUGCAUUGCAACAGCAGUUACAGGAAUUAUACUGCAUGCCGCCAGCUCCAGAAAAUCAAGAAAAGAUUGUCGCCUUGCAGGAAAAGUUGCAAGCAUUACAGCAACAUGAAACGAACGAUCAAUGUAAUGGUGGCCCGCAAUGUAUACUACAGACGCCAAUGUUCACAGCUGCUGUAGUUGAUAGUCCGCAGGUCUCUAGUACCACUGGACGUGGUCGCAGCAAAGGUACACCAAGAGCAAAAAAAAGUCGUAAGAAAGCCGAUAAAGAGGCUUCUGCGCCUACCACUGCUACUCAACAACCCGAGCAGCCUUUGUCAGACAAUAAAGUUACUCCAGGCGAUAGUAGCAAUAUAGUAGACAGUGCUGCGGAUUCAGAAGAUAUUAAACCGUCUUCCGGGGAUAUGGAGGAGGAGUGGACUAAAGGUAGAAAAUCGCGAUCGCCUCGAAAACCACGCAAACCGAAGGAACCUAAAGAGCCUAAAGAGCCGAAACCUAAGAAAGAACCGAAACCACCCAAAGAACCGAAGUCACCAAAAGUAGCGAGGAAAAGGAAUAAGGAUAAAGAUAAAGAUUCCACAAAGCGUAAUAGAAAAAAAACUACUCAAUCUGAGUCUGCUGAUGAUGAAGUACGCGAAAACGAAGAAAGUGCCGUUUCGGAUUCCAGUGCUGUUAAGGAUGCCGAUACAAAAGUCUGCGAACCGUCCAUACAGGGUGAUCAAGAACAAGUGGAUUCUUCUACCAAUGAACCUUUAUUAUCCGAAGUAAAGGAAGAAGGUAAGGAAAAGACGGAAGAUGCUCCGGAGGAGGAAAAGAAAGAGGAAAAUUCGGAAGCGACUACUGCAACUGCUGAAAAUACGAGUGGUAAGAAGAAAUCUGCAGCUAGGAAACGAUCGAGCACCGGCAAAUCAUCUGGAGGAAAAAGUUCCAGAAGUUCUAAAAAACGCAAGAAUCGCAUUGCUCCUGAUUCUGACGGCGAGGAGUUAGCAGCAACACCUCCGCCAUCACCGGAGGCUGGCGAUGAUGUGAAUAAACGACGUUCCGCGAGAAACACUCAUCGCAAGAAAUAUGUAGAUGAUGUGAUGUUGCGAUUCUCAGAUGAUGAUGUUCCUAUGCAAGAAGCUCAGCUCUCGAAAAAGGUGGAGGGUACAAACACUUCGAAACCUGCUGCCACUAAGAAAGAGGGUGGUGAAGGUGGCGAAGUCGGGCCUAACAAACCCAACUUUGUAUACAUUAAUACUACGGAUGAGGAUUCCAUGGUUGUGCAACAUAUUUUAUGUUCUCGAAUGGGAAAGAGAGAAGUUAAGCCAGUGAUACCCAAGAUAGAAACGUCUCCAGAAAAAAAUGGAGAUGCUGAUAAAGAGAAAUCUUCUGAUAACAAAGAUGCGACAUCUGAUGAUGCGGUAAAAGAAGAAAAUGCAGAAGAUGUAGAGAAAGAAGCGAAAACCGAGAAUAUUAAAAGUGAAGAGAAAAGUGAAACUGAUAGUACGAAAAAGGAAGACUCGAAGAAACAAGAAGAAUCUUCUACGGAUACAAAACCAGCCGAGGUUACCGCCAUUGUCGAGACGAAACCACAAUUCGUUGAGGUCGAAGAAUAUUUCGUUAAAUAUCGGAAUUUCUCAUAUUUGCAUUGCGAAUGGAGAACGGAAGAAGAGUUAUAUAAAGGAGACAAGCGAAUUCAAGCUAAGCUGAAGAGAUUCAAGCAAAAGCAACAACAGAACACAAAUAUCUUUGAAAAUACCGAAGAUGAUCCUUUCAAUCCAGACUUUGUCGAAGUUGAUCGAGUCUUGGAUGAAGCGACUCACACAGAUCCAACUAGCGGAGAAACGGUUCGACACUACUUAGUCAAGUGGCGAUCUCUGCAAUAUGAAGAUUCUACCUGGGAACUGGAGGAAGAUGUUGAUCCUGAAAAAAUAGCUCAAUUUGUGAAAUUCAAUAAAGUGCCCCAAAAGAACAAUGGAAGGUACAAAAAGAAGCCGAAUGCUGCAGCUUGGGUGAAAUUGGAGGAAUCACCAGUUUACAAAAGCAAUAACAUUUUAAGACCAUAUCAAUUGGAAGGAUUGAACUGGCUACUGUUUUCAUGGUACAAUGGACACAAUUGUAUUCUUGCUGAUGAGAUGGGCUUAGGAAAGACGAUUCAAUCUCUCACAUUCGUGGAUGCAGUCUAUAAAUAUGGAAUUCGUGGACCUUUUUUGAUCAUAGCUCCAUUAUCGACUAUUCCAAAUUGGCAACGAGAAUUUGAAAGCUGGACCGAUAUGAACGUUGUUGUAUACCAUGGAUCUGCAGCGAGUCGUACUAUGCUUCAAGAAUAUGAAGUUUAUUAUAAGAAUGAGAAAGGACAACAAAUCAAAGAUUUGGUCAAAUUCAACGUAUUGAUAACGACUUUCGAGAUUAUUAUAACGGAUUUUAAUGAAUUGCGCGGAUAUAAUUGGAGGCUCUGUGUCAUAGAUGAAGCCCACCGAUUAAAAAACCGAAAUUGCAAGCUUCUUGAAGGUCUCAGGCAACUAAAUUUGGAGCAUAGAGUACUUCUAUCGGGUACACCAUUACAAAAUAAUGUUAACGAGCUGUUUUCCUUAUUGAAUUUCCUCGAGCCACAACAGUUUUCGAGUAAUGAAGCAUUUCUAAAGGAAUUCGGUAAUCUGAGCAGCGAGGGCGAAGUGCACAAGUUGCAACUUCUCUUGAAACCUAUGAUGCUACGUCGUCUGAAGGAAGACGUCGAGAAAUCAUUGGCACCGAAAGAAGAAACUGUUGUCGAAGUGGAAUUGACGAACAUUCAGAAAAAAUAUUAUCGCGGCAUUCUCGAAAGAAACUUCUCGUUUCUCGCGAAGGGUACUACAUCAGCCAAUAUUCCGAAUCUCAUGAAUACGAUGAUGGAAUUGAGAAAGUGUUGCAUCCAUCCAUUCCUAUUGAAUGGUGCAGAAGAUCAGAUACAGUUGGACUAUAAGACUGGUGAGAAAGAAGAUUCUGAGGCGUACUAUCAUGCACUGGUGAACAGUUCUGGUAAGAUGGUCCUCAUCGACAAAUUGCUGCCGAAAUUGAAAGCUAGUGGUCACCGUGUCUUGAUAUUUAGUCAGAUGGUAAAAUGUCUGGAUUUGCUUGAAGAUUAUCUGCUGUACAAGAAAUACCCAUAUGAGAGAAUCGAUGGUCGAAUUCGUGGAAAUCUACGACAAGCUGCCAUUGAUCGUUAUAGUAAACCGGACUCGGAUCGAUUUGUCUUCUUGCUAUGCACAAAAGCGGGUGGACUUGGUAUUAAUCUAACCGCGGCCGAUACUGUUAUUAUCUAUGAUAGCGAUUGGAACCCGCAGAACGACUUGCAGGCGCAAGCUCGUUGUCAUCGAAUUGGGCAACAGAAGAUGGUUAAAGUAUAUCGUUUGCUCUGUCGCAAUACAUAUGAGCGAGAAAUGUUCGACAAGGCAUCCCUGAAGUUGGGACUCGACAAAGCGAUCCUGCAGUCUAUGAAUACUAGCCAAGGCGGCAAAGAUCCCAGCAAUAAACAACUAACAAAGAAGGAGAUAGAAGAUCUACUGAAGAAGGGCGCUUAUGGCGCUAUCAUGGAUGAUGACAAUGCCGGCGACAAAUUUUGCGAGGAGGAUAUCGAACAGAUACUUGAGCGAAGAACUCAGGUUAUCACUAUAGAAGCAGAGAAAGGAUCGACGUUUUCGAAAGCGAGUUUUGCAUGCUCAUCGAAUCGAUCGGAUAUCAAUAUAGACGAUCCCGAUUUUUGGAAGAAAUGGGCAAAGAAGGCAGAGAUCGAUACCACUGAAAAGAAAGAAGAGGAUGAAUUGGUGAUAUCCGAGCCUCGGCGAAGAACACAAAUUAAGCGUUAUGGCCACGAUGAGUCGGUAGUUGACAUGUCCGAAUUAGAUAGCUCGGACGAGAACAGCGAUGACGACACGAGUAUCGGCCUAUCCGGGAGAAGCAAGAAACGACGCGACAAGUUUGGCAAGAAGACACGCAAGUUCUAUGACGAAUACGUUCCGCGUGAAGGCGAGGUAGUAUAUGGCAGUUGGGCGCGCAGCGAAUGUUUCAAGGUCGAGCGUGGACUGCUGACAUUUGGCUGGGGUCGUUGGGAAGAAAUUUUACAACACAGCCAAUUUCGUCGUGGUUGGCGCGAAGUCGACGUUGAGGAUUGCGCGCGCGUCAUUCUGUUGUAUUGUCUACGUUAUUAUCGCGGGGACGAAAAGAUUCGUAGUUUCAUCUGGGAUCUCAUUACACCCAUGGAGAAUGGCGAGAAGGUCAAGAAUGUAUCGGUGAACACUGGCGGUAGAAACAGUCGACAGAAGAAAAAGGUCGUGUUCGAGAGCAGAGAAACCCGGGGAUCGGUCAUCAACGGUGGUCCGAGUGAUCCCAAUCAUUGGAGCAACGCUGAGAAAUUUGACGGGGACAUCUUUCUCGAGAGCAAUUACAGAAAGCAUCUCAGUCGACACGCCAAUAAAGUACUGUUACGCGUACGAAUGCUGUAUUACAUAAAACAUGAGAUUAUCGGCGAUCUGGUCCAGCACAUCUCCGAUGGCGUUCACGUCAGUGCGUUGCCGAUAGACCCUCCACAGUUGACGGAACGACCGGCGAAAUGGUGGGACUCGACAGCAGAUAAAUCCUUAAUAGUCGGCUGCUACAAACACGGCUAUGAGAAUUACGACCAGAUGAGGACUGACCCCGCGCUUUCUUUCAUUACAAGCUGUCCUCCCCCUUUCCAGAACUCUCAGAACAAGAGUACCGCCGAUAGCAGCAGUAGAGACGAUAACAGUCUGGAAAAUGAGGAGGAUGGCGAAUCCCCUGGGAUGACGAAGGACUCCAAAGAUUCCGACAAGUUCAGUCGAGAAACGCCGGCGGAUUCUCCCGCAAUCUCGAGUAAGGCGGAUACGCCGAUUCCGGAGGCCAGUGGCAGCCAUGAUGGAAAUGACAGUCUUCUCCCGGAUGACGAGAAAACUUGGCCAUCCGUGAUGGAUCUUAAUUCACGAUUGCGUCGCGUGAUAACUUCCUAUCAACGAAGCGUUAAUAAAAAGGAGGAUGUUAAAGUUAUUCCGAAGCCUGGGAAGAUAGGAAUGGAAACCGAAACUCCUCCUAUAAAUCAUACCGGCAUGAUGCACGAACCGCCCUUGAAUAUGCAAGGAUGGGAUUUGCAGCAAUUAGCGAUGUAUCUUUUGAAGAUGGAAAAAAGAGAAAAAAUGGAGGCCAUAGUGAAGGAACGAGAACGAACUCGUAUCGAGGAACAGAAGGCGAAAUGGACUCGCCGCGAAGAAAGCGAAUUCCUGCGGGUGGUAUCUACAUAUGGCGUCAAUUACGAUAGGAAGAAAGCCCAGUAUGACUGGACCAAAUUUAAAAGUAUCGCACGAUUUGAUAAGAAGACGGACAAUGAUCUCACGGAUUAUUAUAUGUCAUUUAGAGCAAUGUGUAAGAAAGUCUGUAACGCGAAGAUGAAUGAGGAAGAAGAUUUUACAGAUGUUCCAGUGGAUCAGCUGAGUCCUGCCAAAGCGAGACAGAUACUCGAUCGUGUCGAUCUUCUGAGCAAAAUCCGCGAAGAGAUACUAUCACAUCCGCAUCUUGAGGAACGACUUUCGUUAUGCCAGCCAUCGGGAGAUACACCAGACUGGUGGCAACCAGGAAAACACGAUAAGGAAUUGUUACUCGGAGCGGCGAAACAUGGUCUCGGACGUACCGACAUAACUAUACUGAAUGAUCCGGACUUUUCGUUUCAUAAGCUUCUUGCGAGAGGAAUGUAUGCGAGUACACAGACUCCAAAAGUAAUAGACAAGUCCGAAAAGGCGAUAAAGAUCGAGAGUAGAGAAGAUAUCUUAAAGUUUGACAAAGACGAGAUACUCGUGAAGUUGGAGAAAGGCGAGGGUACUUUAAAAAUUGAAAAAGUUGGAGCGAAAAAGGACAAAGAUCAAAAUACUAUUGAUAAGAAAUCCGAGAACGCGGAGUCCGAAAAGAGCCAGGUAGAAUUGACUAUCGUCAAAACAGAGGCUAAACCCGAGGAAAAACCUAUCGGUAGUUCAUUGAUAAUCACCACUGUCCCAAGAACAUCCGACAUGGAUAAUGUCGCUGUAAAGAGCGAGGAAAAAAACGAGCUAGCGAUAGAGCCAAUUAAAUGUGAUAGCGUUAAAGCCAAUCAAACGGGCAUUGUCAAAUCGAUCGAUGAGAUGACGGUGAAAGAAGUUGGUUCAGAAAACGCGGAAAAUUCUGCUAUUGUGGAACUCGAGAAGGAAGAUAAGGAAAAAGAUGCUAAACACGAAGCUGACUCUACUGAAAAAUUGGACGAGUCGCAAGUGAAAGAUGCCGUGCCGGAAACAAUUGAGAAGAAUGAGAUGGAAGUUAAGGAAAAGAUCGAAAACAUCGAGAAAAAUUCCGAGACAACCGAGGCUGCUGUCGAAAAUGAUAAUAAAAGCGCAAAGCGGGAUAUUGCACCGAUUAAAGAAGAGAUUGAAACGCAGGAAGCAAAGAGCUCAGAUAUUGCCAAAGAAAAAGCGAAGGCUCCGCAAAUCGAGGAUAAGUGUAGCGUACAGGCUGCAGAACUCAAAGCCAUGUUUCCGGAUCUCGAGGUGAUACAGCCGUUGUCGCGACUAACGCAGAUCGAUACAUUCGUUUUACGAGACAAACCAGCAGAUUAUAAUAACGAGCCUACGGUGAUGCAACUCCUGGCACAUGGUUGUACUAAUACAUCAAUAAAGUGGCCUAAGGAACACGCAAUCGAAGCUCGUUUAAUGCAUAUUGUGCACGCGAUAGAGCAUAAGGAAUGGCCGGUAUCGGUGAAUUUCAGUGCCGGUGACGAAUUAGAACUUACGCAAAAUGAGAAGGAAUGUUCAGAAGUGAUAACGAUCACCACGGACCAUGGAGUGUCCAGAUCUAUAGCGAGCACAAACAACGUCUCUGCUUCGAAGAAACGUAAGAGGCACAUCGCUAUAGAUGUCGAAACAGAGCGAGCCAAGCUUCACGCACUUCUCAACAGUAGUCAUUUGAGUACACCUUCGCCGGCACCUCUUAGCAAACCGGUUGUUCUCUCCGGUUCGACUACUUGGGAAAUCAAUGACGAGUCUCAGUCCGAGGAAUCGCGACGCUCCACGCCAGUGCAGCCACCCCCAGCACACCAGCAAACGCGGACACCGAAUAUGCCAUUCGAUCUGAAGUAUCCCGUUCCAGGAAAAACGACUGUUAUUCCUGGGACAUCUAGCACUUUGACUCCCAUUGAUUUAUCCGCUGGAUAUCCAAAAUCCAGUUCUGAUAGUAACAAGGAUAUUAUGAACGAAGUUCAAGACUUUUCCAUGCCAAACAAAAAUAAACAAGUCAGCAGCAAUAAAGGGAAAUUAGACAGUAUGUUGGACAAACUCAUGAAAAGGAAAUCUUGCCCGACGGAGGAACCGGUGGUCGGAAAGGAGAAGAAGCGCAGAAAGCUGGAUGAAAUAGUAUUAGGAUUGAGCGCUGCGAAGGAACAACAGAGCAGCCAUUAUCCCGAACACAGCAAGAAGAAUACGAUUACGCCUAACGUGACCGUGACUCCGACAUCGGCACCAAUCGGUCUUCCCAAUCCUCCGACGAGUGCCCAAAAACCGUUCUCCAUUACCGUUACAUCGAUUCCGUCUUCGCGAGCUUCAACUUCCUCUACGCCUGUUUUACCGCCGCCAUCAUUGCAUUCGCACAAAGAUACUUUCUCCGCUUUGUUGGCUCAGGCUGAACAGCAGAAUCGUGAGCUGAAGAAACAGCAACAGCAGCAGCAGCAGCAGCAGCAACAACAGCAACAGCAUCAACAGCAGCAGCAACAACAACAGCAACAACAGGCGUUUAAUUCGGCGCACCCGUCUUCCUCGAGCAGCAGUCACCGAAAAAGUUACGAGGCGAUGAUCGCGGACAUCAACAAAGUCGCCGAAUACUCGUCCAAGAUCGGUUCAUUUUCACACGAAGCGAAAGUGAAUAAAUGGCUGGCAGAGCAAAGCGCAAUGUCGGAACAAUUGAGCGCAGAAUAUCUGAAUGCUCCUCGACGACGUAGACCGCGCGUUGAUCCAUCUUUAUUGGAUUGGAAAAAGCUUACCGGUGAGGAGAACGUUGCUGUUAUCAAUCGAUUAACUGGCAAGAAGGUAACCGGAAGUAAAGCACCUCAAUUGAAACGACUCGGGACAUGGCUGAUGGAAAAUCCGAUGUUCGACGUUGAUCCAAAAUGGGCGGAACUCGUAAAGGAGCGCGGCAAUCUUCCGCAUGAUCUACAGAAGAGGCUAUCGGGCAACGAACGCAGUAGCGUGAACAAGGGCAAGAGUCCGGGCAGACCACCUAUGAUGCCCAGCCCCACGAGUCAACAAUCGGCGAAUCCCGCCAAUUUAGCGGCUACAUCGAUGGCGUCCGGUCUCAACUUCCCGCUCGGCAAUCUAAAUAAUUCUCUUUUGUCAGGGCUGUCGCUCGGCAACUUCGACCCGAAGAAUCCGUUGUUAAUGCCAUUCGGUGGUCUGACAAAUCUGGGCGCGCUCGGCGGACUCGGUAAUCUCGGCAAUUUGGGCAACAUGAGUCUAACGAAUUCGCUGUUCGCCAAUUUAGCCGGACUCGGUCUGCCGUCAUUGGCGGGCAUGGAAGCGGCAUUAAACGCGCAAGCGGCAACCAGCAGUGCGGCAGCAGCGGCCGCGGCAGCUGCAGCUGACGCAAAUAACCCGGUUGUUAGUUCAGCGACUGGCAGCAGUAGCGGUAACAAAAAUACCGGAGCGAGUUCUUCGUCGAAUAUGAGUGGCAGCGGUAGCGGAAGUGGCGGAGGUGGCGGCGGCAGUAGCAGCAAAUCACGUAGCAGCAAGCUAGAUCAAUCAACGACUAGUGGGAAAUCCUCCGCCAGUGGUCCAUCUAGUCUGUCCGCUGUUUCGUCCGCUACGAGCUUGCCGACUCCCUCACCGUUCCCGUUUCUCUUCACGAAUCCCAGCCUCCUCUACACGCCGUUAACUCUAAGCGGUUUGAAUCCAUUUUCCAUGCAGUCUGGUGGCGUAUCGUCGGCCUACGAGAGUCUUGCCCAAUGCGGUCUGCUGAAUCCACCGACAUCCAGCGCUUCCACUACGGUACGCAAGCCCACAUCGUCUAGUUCCUCUAGACAACGUGACAACGUACCAGAGUCUUCAACUUCCUCGUCAUCAUCAUCAUCAUCGACUACCAAACGGAAGGAACCCGAGAAGAAAUCCUCUAGAUAUCCGAUAGAUCCAGCUGUGACUUUGCAACAAUAUACAGAUAUGGCAGCAUUACAUAGCGAAGAAAGACGUCGUGUCGAGCAGCAACAGCAACAACAACAGCAGCAACACGAGAAGCGAGAAGCCACGAUGACAGAACAAACCGAUAUUGUAACGGCAGCAGUGGUGGCGGCGGCAGCGGAUCUGUCGGAGAAAAAGAUGGAACGGAAAAGUAAGGAACAGGAGAUGAAAGAGGCUCUAGAACAUUUGAGCAGAACCAGCGCCGAACUGGUUACGCGAAACAUUGAUGACACUCCGAGAUCCGAGAAAGCAUCGAGUAGAAAUCGCAACACAGACGGUAGUCAAAAUUCCGAUCAGCAACAGCAGCAGCGAUCAACACCGUCAGCACCGCCGCCGCUCGAAGUCACUCUGGAACCUAUCGCAAAGAAGAUGCGUCUCGAAACAGACGCAUCCUCAAAAUCCUCGGCGUCUAGUAGUGAGGUGCCAAUGGUAGAGAUUGAGACGGUGACGAGACCAUCACCGACAACGCCGAUAAAAGCGACGCAGCAAUCUAUGUCUUCACAAGAAGAGCCAUCCAGUAUCCCGCUCAUCGAAACGAGCACAGCCAAGAAGGAGGUGAACGAGGCGACGACGACGACAGCGACAUCAACGUCAACAUCGUCGUCGUUGUCAUCAUCGACAUCAUCAUCAACAUCAUCAUCAUCAGCGAAUGUGACUUCACCGUCAACGCAGAAUCUUAGCACGAAGAGCGACGGUGGUAAGCCUACUCCAUUGGAAACAGAGGAGGAUGGUAAGGGUAGCACCAAGGCGCCAAAGAAGGCACGUAGCGGCAAACGAUUGAGUGUCGAACCACCGCCGGAGCGUAAGAAUCUUCGUUCGAGCGCCGGUAGGCAAGCACGAGCGGCUGCGGAACGGCAGGCGCGAAUGGAGGGCGAGAUGCAACACUCCGAACAACAACAACAGCAGCAGCAGCAGCAGCAGCAGCAGCAAGACAGCCACGUAGGCGGCGAGUGAGUCACGAGGGUUCGUCGAACUGCUGCCACGAAACGAUAAACGACGAACCGGAAAAACAAAUACCGGAUUCGCCCUACGGCGAUCCGACGAAAGAACCCCGUGAAAACCGACGUGGUCCACGAGUUCUUUUUCUACUCCUACCGAUUUUGACACUGCUCGCACAACGAAGAUCUGUAUGUAGAUAAUUUCCUGUUCGACGCUGAGAGAAGCACGGGAGUGUAAGGUGUCGUUUCUAAAUGAAUCGCGAUAAUGAAACAUGAGUGCAUCGAAAAGGGGGCUACAGACAUUGGUAGAAUCUACCGUAGCUUUCAGUUCGCCUUGAAUGACGAGAACACAUGUUGAACAGAUAGGACUCCCUCCAUUUCGUGGGAGAUGGGUUGUGUAUUGUUGAUAUUGGCGGACAGUGCGUGACAGUGCACGUUUACUAAAUUGAAAGAAAAAAAAAAGAGAAAAAUCUCUUUAAAUACGAAGGCUGCGAUAGUAUUUUAUCACUCGAUUUGUGUAGUAAUUAAUUUUUAAUUGCGUAAUUAUGAUACAAUAAUAAAGGUAUAGUUUUGUUAAAUUUAUUAUCUACUAUCUCUUAUUGGUUUUGACCAGGGACUGUUUUAUAUAAAAAAAAAUAUAUAUUAUAAAAUUGUGUAUUCGCUAUUGCGCAUAAAGCAAUUUUGCAAGGAAUGCGAGAUGGAAUAUAAUCGUAAUGUAGAGAAGAAAUAUAAUUACAGUAAUAACUUAAUAAAAAAAAAGAAAAUGUAAAUAUUAUAUACAAUUACGCCUAUAGAGACAGUAAGCAAUCGUGUACUUGGAAAAAAGAAAAUGUAUAUAACGCAGUGUACUUUUAAUUACCUUAGGUGAAACAAUAAACAGCUUCUUUUGUUGUUUGCAAA